AUGAUCACGAAGGAUUGGAUAAGUAUAAAAAAUGAUCAAGAGAGAAAUUUAAUGAUACGAAGAGCGCGAACUGCACGAAUAAUUAUUAUUUGUUCCUACUGCAUAAUGGGAUUACAAUGGUUUUUUAUUUCGGUGCUGCCUAUUUUUGGAGUGACAAUGAGACUGACUCCUAAUAUUACUGAUCUUGGAAGAAUACCAAUGCCUUUACAAUCUCAUUACAUUUACGAUAUAACAAAAAGGCCGCAAUAUGAAUUAACAUUUAUUAGUCAAGCAGUCUAUGUGGCUAUCGGCAUGAUGGCUUAUACUGGAAUAGACAAUUUUCUCAGUCUCAUGGUUUUUCAUAUAUGCGGACAAUUAGACAUUCUUGAAAAUCGUAUGCAACAUUUGGAUAAAUACAAAAAUUACCACAAAAUACUAAAACACUGCAUAGAAAAACAUAUCCGUUUGCUUAGAGCUAUUGAUAUCAUUGAAGAUACGUAUAAUGGAAUACUUCUCUCUUUAUUUAUAUAUUUUGCGAUACUCUUUGCUUUCUUAAUAAUGACCCUAUUCGAUAAGGGAAAUGAUAUGUCGAUCACUCAUUUAAUCUAUUUCAUAUCCAGUAUUAUCAAUAUAUUUACACACAUGUGCCUAUAUUGCGUCCUUGGAGAAAUUUUAGUGGCUCAGUGCAAUAAGGUAUACUAUGCGGCGUAUAGUAAUAAAUGGUACACCAUGAAUCCAAAAGUUGCAGGAGAUUUGUUGCUCUUAAUGACAAGAGGUUCUAAACAGAUUUGUCUCACCGUUGGAAAAAUGUCUCCCGUUACAAUGGCCACAUUUUGCAGUUUAGUAAAAACAUCUGUUGGUUAUAUAUCCGUUUUGCAUACAACAAGAAGGUGA